AUGAACCAGCCAAAGAAUAAUCACAGAAGAGCAUUAUCCAAUAAUGAUUUCUAACAAAUUUUAAAUUCCAAAAUUUCAGAAUUGCUUGAAGAAAAUAACACACACAAAAUAAUACAUAAGAAUCAAAGCUUUGGUAAUGUGCUUUUCUAAAUCCCCGAAUAGACUGAUAUAGCAUCAUCCACUGAAUAAUCAAUGCAAUCAGCCAAAAAGACUCAACUAUUCGACCAAAGUCAUAAAAACAAUCACUCCCAAGAAUAGAAGGAAAACCUUAAAAACCAAGGGUCGUCAUCAAAUCUCAUCUCGCAUAUCCAAUAUAUGAUUAAGGGCAAUCAUCCAAUCAAAGAAAUCACUCAAAAAACUUUAAAUAGCGAAAGAUAGGAUAAAAAUAAACAUCUGAGUUUCACCAAUGAAUUGCAAAAGAAACACAGUCAAAUCAUAUUAUAAUCAAAUAAUAACAAUGACAGUUCUAGUCUAACACCAGAUAGGAAUAGAGCAGAGGAAAAUGGCAGCAAAUUGAAUAGUCACAAAAAUAAAUCCGAUCAAUAGGAGAAAUCCAAGAUUGAGUUAUCAAGCUCCUUAUUCAAUACGAUACUCAAGGUGGAUGGCAAAAGGAAGUUGAAUGUCGAAUAACAGGAAUCUUACAGGAGAAUUGAAGUACAAAUGAAUAAAAUUUAAAAAGAUAUAAACAAUAUCAAAAUGAGAUAAGAUUAAUUGGAUUAAUUCAAUAGAAAUAUACAAAAUCAGCUUUGCGAUUUCAUGACUGAAAGCAAAAUACAAUAAGAUUAUGGUCAUCAAUCUCUCCAAAAACUAGAAUAAUUGGAAUAAAUCACCAAAAGAAAUGAAGAAUCCAUACAACUCAUCAAACAACAACUAAUACUAGAUCAGUCUAAACAAAUAAAUAAAGGAAAUGAAAAUAUCAUCAAUUUUGGGAAUCUCACUUUUUAUAAAUAAGAUAGUGACCAAUUUAAAAAGUUUAUUCAUUUAAAGAGUAACAAUAUACUGUGA